AAUAAUAAUAAUAAUAACAAUAAUAAUUAUUUUGCGAUAUUAUCUCAGAGCUGAGUUCGUUUAUUGGAAUAUCUGUUGUAUCAAAAUCUAUUCUGUGAUACAUACAGCGUACAGAACAAUGGUUAGCACUUCAGCAGUAUAGUUAAAUAGUUUUAUAGUUUGGUCGUUUCUCAUCACUCUGAUCUGUGGAGUCGGUUGUCCGUUGUCAGCUGCAGUCGUCGUCGUCGUCGUCGUCGUCAACUCGUCAAGUCGUUAAAAAUGGUUAUGUGCAAACUUUCGUCUUGACACUGGUGCAUAUUUACAUCAAAACGUGCACUGAUCAUGGCCGGGCGCUGGAAUGACAACGGUUUCAAUGCGCCGACUGACGGUGCCAAUUCUUGGGUCUCUGGGUCAUCAGCAAACCAAUCUCCACGAAAGGUGCUCAGUGUCGCGCAAUUGAGCUUCAGUAAUCACGGCAUCAGUGGCACUUCGACUGCACCAAACAUUAAUGUCCCUCCAGUCACCUGUUUUGAACCUGUCCAGAAAGCUGAGCCGGACGUAGAUCGUGUUGCUAAGCAUAUUCAAAGUAUUUGGGCCACUUGGAAACAAAGUAAAGUUUUAACUGAUACGUUGAGAAGUUUUUUUAAAUUCAGUCCUAAUCCGUACGCCUCCCUAUUACAAUUGAUAAAUGUCAUAUCAGAAGAUAGACUCAAGGGUAAAGCUAAUACAAUGUCUCUUUCGAUAACAGAAGAAUUUUAUAAAUGGAUAAAAUGUAAUGAAAGUGAAUACGAACAUUUUUUAACUGAUGAAUUGAAAAUUCGAGCAUUUAAAAUGGUACUCGAGAAGAAAAUAAGCCUUAACACAAUGAACACCAUUGUUAAAAUUUACAAGUGUAAUACACAUUUGGAUUAUAUGGAAGAAUUAAUCAGAGAAUCGAUUAAACAAAAAAAAUUUAAAGAGGCAUGUUAUGCUAGUAUGUGUUUGAAUAUACAAGACAGAUUUACUGUAGAAGAUUUUUUACUACCCUUGUUUUUCAUGAAUUUGGUAUGUGUGACAGAAGAAUUUUUAGUCACUUCAAAAUUUCAACAAACAGCUUUAGUGAAAUAUCUUGAUGAUUUAUUAGUAGAAAAUGACGAUUGUUUAUAUUACUUAGCCAAUCGUUUAAAUGUUACACAAUCAAAUAAUAAUUUUUCUAAUAAAAAUCAAAUCAAAACAAAUCUAACACGGAUAAUGAAAAAAUAUAACAUUUCCAACGAAUUGGCGCCUAAUAUAACUAGACAAAAAAAGAAAGGAGCUUUAGUGUAUUUGUUUCGUCGUUAUCAAUCUGGUGCUACUGGUAUCCAUGCAUGGAGAGAAAUGGCAUUAGAAUCAAUUGGUGAUGAUGAGACAAUGAUGUUGGAAGUUGUCAAAAUGUUAGAAAAUUUUGGAGAUAUUCAAGAAUGUAUUUAUUUUGCCCAGUUAUUCGCUAUUGACCCUUCAUUAUUGCCACCAACUAUACAACAAGAAUUACUUUUCUGUGAAAACGCGAGUGCUGGAAUUGAUAGACCAAUACCAACUGAAGAAUACAAUACUACAGAAUAUCAUGAUUUAACAUUACCUGAUAAGCAAAUACAUAUAAUUGAUUGUGCAUCAAAAUUUAAUGAAUUUUUAGAUAAAAUUAAUAUUGAGUUAUUUGAUGCUCAUUUGGAUAUUUUGGGUUUGGACUGUGAAUGGAAACCAGAAUUUACAAGUGAUAAAAGUGAUUUAGCUUCCAUUCAGCUAGCCACUAUUGACUCAGUUUACAUAUUUCAUUUACCUCAACUGCAGCCAGCUGAAAAUUAUAGGCUUCAUUGGCAAGAAUUUUCCAUGAACAUAUUCUGUAAUAUAAAUAUAUUAAAAUUAGGUUUUGAAUGGAAAGGAGAUGCAUCAAUGAUUAGAUCUUCAUUACCAAUUGAUAAUAUACAACUUCAUGGGCCUGGAUUUAUUGAUAUAAAGUUGCUAUGGAAAGAACUAGAAACUAAGUGGAAUUUUCAGCUUCCUUUUCAAAAUCCGAAUGAAGACACACCCUAUAAUAGUCUUUCGGAUUUAGUGAAAUUAUGUUUUGGAAGACCGCUUAAUAAAACCGAACAGUUUUCAAAUUGGGAAAAAAUACCAUUACGAUCAAAUCAAAUUAAAUAUGCUGCUCUGGAUGCUUAUUGUCUAUUAGAAAUUUACAAUUUAUUCAAAACAAUGUGUAAAACCUGUAACAUACCAUUUAACGAAAUAUGUCAAAAAAUAUCAAAUAAUGACCAUCCGGAUAUGACAAAACCAAAACCAAAGCACAAAAAACAUAAAUAUAAAGUGCCAAAAACGAAUAUGAAAACUAACUCUCCUCAUACUCAUGUUUCUAGUGUUAAGCAUUUCAAAUUAUUAGUACCGUACACAUUAGAAAAGUUAGCUGAACGUUUACGCAAAUGUGGUAUUGAUACGUCCAUUGUUGAAAGAUCAAAAAUAAACGAUUGCCAUUACAUAAUUAACUUAAUCAAAACAAAAAAUUUACAUUUCAUUGCUUUUGGAUAUGCAUUUUCAAAGGUAGCAGAAGAAUUACAUGCUGGCCAAUGUUAUUGUGUUCAAAAUCAUAAUUUGGAUGACCAAGUACAAGAAGUAUUGAAUUUUUUCAAAAUUGUUGUUAAAAAAGAAGAUCUGAAUAGCCGUUGUCAAAUUUGUAAUAGUGACAGUUAUGAAAUUGUUAGCAGCUUGGUUAUGAAAAAAAUUUAUGAUGCUGUUAAAUUAAUACAAAAUCAAAAAGCUGUUAGAUACAGACCUCCUUCUAUUGAUGAAGAUUUUGAAGACAAUGAUUAUUAUGAGGACGAAGAUGACUCAGAAGAUGAAGGAACAAGUGCUCCAAUUAAUGCAAAAUGUUUGACCAAUAAUUCAUUUAAUUCAUCUAAGCCUGAUGAUCCUCAUAGUAAACUUAUAAGUGGUUAUACUGAUGGAAAUUCAAUGAUUGAUGUGAAACCAUUAUCAGCCGAUAUGUUUAAUGACCAAAAUCGUGUAUUUUACAUAUGUAACAGUUGUGGUUCAGUUAGGUGGGAUAACUUGCAAUGGGAGAGUGCACUUGGUAGUAGCUUAGGAAUGAAGUUUUAAUAAAUAAGACAUAGUUUAAGGAUAAUGUGUAUGAAAUAUAGAUUUUUUCAUUAUAGAUUUAGUAUUUUUAAAACAUUUUAACAAAUUCAACUUGUUAUCUUUUUAAUUUAACCGUCCCAUACAUUUUUUUCUUGAAUAGAUUUUAGUUUUACAUUUACAUAUUAAAUUGUUUAAUACAUAAGUAAUAUCUUCAAAAUAAAAAUGUAUUUGCAUAAGGACUAAUUAUCAUCAGCAGUUGUUAAGUCACACCUGCGUAUAAGUUAUCUGCCAAGUAUAAUUUAUGUCGUUCAGAGUAUAAUUUUCCUAACUUUUCUUUUAUAAUCAAAUUUUAAAAUUAACUGUGAUCAUUUGAUAUAAUAGAUGUUUUUUUUAUGUAUAUAUACGUAUAUUCAUUUAUAUUGAGCCUUUUUAUGUGAUUUUUGUAGUUUUAAAAUCUAUAAACUUAUAUAUUAUGUAACAUAAUAAAUUAUCGUACUUUGUCAGUGUUUA